AUGCAGCAUGCGACUCAACUCCUCCUUGCUGACGGCCCACUCAAGCGUUACAACCUCAGUGGCGCUGGCCGCCCUGAAGAGAUCCCCGACACGGCUGCCCUUGUCGCCUACAUGCACAAGCUUCGUGAUGCCGAGCGUGCUGUCACAUGUACUCACCUAGUAAACUUCCUCAAGCGCCACCACCGACCGUGGCUGAACGUGUACCUUGCCACCAAGAAAGCCGAGUACCCCUCCCUGCUCCGUCUGCUGUAG